AUGAAGGUUUCUUCAGCAAUUGCCAUUGUACUCGCCAGUGUUGGGUUUGCAGAUGCAGGCGAUUUCUGCGCUCUCCAGCCCAAAUCUUGUAUAAAUCUUCCUAAAGCCUCAGCCAAAGCCUGCUCGUCGCUCAUCUCUAAAGCUGGUCUAAGGUUGACAACAUGUUCUAAGCCCAAGUCUACAAUCACCAAGACAUUGACUGUUCAACCAUCAGCAACUCAGACUGUCACGGUAACGCAAACAGCCUCUUCGACUGUCACAACCAACGUACAGAGAACGGUCCAGAAAACUGUCACCAGCACCACGACCUCUCACACCACCUUGGUCCAGACGACCACGAGCACCGCGCAGACAACGUUGGUUGUUCCUGUAACAACAACAGCGACCCAGGCCGUGACUGCAACAACUACGAUCAUCACCUCAUUACCUUAUCAGCAGGAGACAUGCGCUGCUGCCACGCCCGUGGGCCGCAAACGUCGAAACAAUUAUAAAGCUUUGGACACAAUUCCCCGUGACUGCUCAUGCUACCUCACAACAACGACUACGUGCGGUCAAACCACGACGACAACUACGGUUACCAGACCCACCUCGAUUGUACGUGUGACGCAGGUCAGGCUUACCACGGUACUCAAGCACGACUCAAAAACCUCCGAUGUCCUGCAAACAGUAACAGCUGUCGUUUCUGCGGUCCCGACUGAUUCUUCAACAACGAUCGUUGCAAUCACUGAGACACACUCUGUGACUUCUGUAGUCGCAACUACUACUACCACGACUACUUCCACAGCCACCGCUACCCAAACUGUUCAGGCCGACCCCUGCGCCGACCCUGUCCUCUACACAUCCACCCGACCCGACUAUCCCGGUUCCGCUUGGGGUGUGAUGUCGGAUUCUGGCAGCGCGAGGGACUGCUGCUAUCGCUGCUUCGGUAGUAACGCAGGAUGUCUAUUCUGGAAAUUCUCCAACCUUAUUUGCACGCAGUACGUUAUACCAAACAAGAAUGAUGCCGUUUCAUGCAUCACAAAAAGUUGCCGCAAGGGCAGACCAUCACUCAUAUCUGCCGCUGGCGAUGGGGCGACGUAUGGCGUUGGAAUCUGCGCUGCGGCCGGAUUCAGUGGAUGA